UUGCCACCGAAGUGGGGGGCAGUGAGGUGGUUGGUGGGCCCCUGGUGCUCUUGGCCGCUCCCGCUGUGGGUGCACACCAGGCGCCACUCUCGGUGGGCUCCACCCCGCGGGGCGCAGCUGCUCGGCUCCCCCCCGGCUUUCCCUGUCCUCCCGCCCCUUCUCCCUCUCUCCUCCGCCGCAGCUGUUUGGGUCAGCCCGCUCGAGAUUUUGGCGAUCCGCUCCAGACUCUUGACAGGCCAGGCGAUGGCGGCCCUCCGCUCGCGUUCCCCGCUCGCCGCGCUGGCGGCCCUUGCCCUGGCCUGCAGGCUCCUGGCGCCCCCAGCCUUUGUGCCGGCGCCAGCCGCGCGCGCCACGCCCCAGGAGGCCGCAGUUGCCGUCGCCGCGGCGGCCGCGGCUGCGGUGCCGUCGCCAGUGCUGGCCCUCGCCUCCGAGGACGACGACGGCUUCGACGUGAGGAUCAUCGCGGUGUUGGCCCUCCCGCUCCUCGCGGCGUCCUGGGCCCUCUUCAACGUCUGGCGCGUGGCGUUCCGGCAGGGCGCCCGCAUCGGCGAGGGCGUCGGUGGUGGCAACUCCAAGAUCGGCCUGGCCCCGGAGGAGUGA